UGAGAGAGAGAUACAGAGAAAAGUUGACUAGCGAUACUGGGAAGGAGAGGAAUUACAAACAUAUAGAGAGUGUGGAGAGAGUGGGAAAAGGGGAGGAGAGAUGUGAUCGAGUGCAAGAGGGGGAAGGACUUAAAACAAGGAAGAGGGAGAGAGAGAGAGAGAGAGAGAGGGGACAGUGAGGGAGCAAGGAAGGAGAGUUUAAGCAUGUCAAGACUGAAGUGGAGAGAGUAAAGGAGAGGUGAGCCGCAGAGACUGAGACUAAACACAGGAGGAGAAGAGGAGGAAGAGAUGACACUGAGAGCUUUGCUCCUUCUCUCCAUUCUGCUGAAUGGGGUGGAAGGUCACGACCCCCGUCUCGUAAGAACCCUGCUGAAAGUUCUGGAGAGCGAGGUCGCUGGCUUUAGAGCUGUGUUCCCGAAAAAUUACAACACGACGCAUCAUUACAAUGAGGCUCAGCUGUGCAACGGAGAGGAGGAGGAGUGCUGUUUGCUGCGUGCUGCCUCAGUCCUGUCACAGGACUGGUACUCUCUGCUCUCAAACCUCUGGCCAGAGAACAUGAAGAUUAAUUUCAUUAAGGAGCUGCAAUGGGAACUGAGCAGACUCACUAAGGAGCGUGUCAACCCCUCAGUUGAUAUCUCCAGGCUGCCCCCCCUCUCCUCCCCCCCUGAGCAGCUCCUCUCCCUCACCUCCUCCCUGUUAAAGCACUGGCUCAGAAUUCACAGCAACAGAACUCACUCGUGUGAGGGGAGAGAGGAUGAGGGAGAGGCGGAGACUGAGAGGGGAACUGAAUGGGAGGAGGUGAGAGAGAGUGAAAGGAAGAGGCAAAAAGGAUUCCCAGUAACAGAACCCCCUGCUGGACAAGCUGCAGUUUUGCAUCACACGCAUAUGGCUGUAAUCUGCCUAGCGACAGCAGUUCAUUGGAUGUUUCUGUAGCCUCCAUUGACACGGCAACACAAAAGCACUUUAUGGGACAAACUACAUGGAUAAGUUCUUUACCUGUAUUUGAGCUCACAUGAGAAACAAACCACAAUUAAACAAAGUCACAUCACAAAGUCGAAAUUAAAAACUGUGCCAACAUCACCACUACGGACAGGACAGCGAGUCCAAAACCGUGCCAAUAUAUAUAUUUAUAGGACAUCCCGAGUGGGCUAGGACUCUAUAAAGAAGGAUAGGACAGUCAAUCCUGUGAUGGAGUUCAGUACCCAAUUACAGGCGCCAUUUGUGGAGCCCACUCAUUAGUGAAUAGAUUGAAUAGAUGCUCUGUUGCUGCGUCAGGAUAUACUUGUAUGUUUAAUAACAAUACAAAAUAUCGUUAAUGUAAAGUGACUGGCUUUUGUCAUGUGAAUUAAUGCUUGAUAAUGUCAAGAAACGUUUUGCCAUGGCAUACGCGAAUACAUCAAAAGUGUCAUACCCAUACAAGGACAUGACGUGUUUCGAUGUUUUGUUUUAAAUGUAUAUUUUGUACAGAUUUGUUUUUUUAAAUAAAGAGUU